AUGCACGUCGUCAACGAAAACGGCCCUCAAAAACGAUGCGUUUGCGACGAGACUCUCGAGGGCCCCGUGAGAAGCGGUGAACGGCGUGCCAAAAGCCGGCCAGGGUGCGGACUGUGGGCAGAGAAACAAAGGAAGGGCCACACGUCACGGGCGAUGAAGAUCCAGACUCGCCGUGAUGGCCGUGACUUUGGUGGUGUUGGUGGCGGCGCCUGCGUUGUGAGCUGGUCUUCUGUCUCGCGAUGUUCGUGCUACCUGCUGCCGCCGAACGCCUACCAGAGCAACCCCAGCAACCCAACCCCACUCUAA